CUUGAUAAUAUCGUAAGUGAAAUCAAGAGUUUUCUUGCUUGUGCCACGUGCUUUCAUCUUUCAUUUGGAUUGAACAUUUUGUAAAAGAUGGGUUGAAUACGUAAUAUGAACAUAAUGUGGACGCACAUUUAAAUGGUUGAACAAUAAAAGGCAUAUGCAAAAUGUCUGGAAGGAUGUAGUCGCCUCUGAAAACAAAAUGGCGUAUGGCGAUUUACCGGUUCGUAAAUGCAUGCAGAUGGCAAUAAUGUUGCAGAAAUGACUGGCUGACCUAAGUGAGGUUAUAUUGAACACGGCGCAUUAUUCGGCUUCGUUUGAGAAAGACGCGCGCCAUAUUUUCAGGCUGGGCAUCUUGUUUGUUAGUCAAUAAAAAUAUUAUAUAUUAUACGCCCAUAAUAGGGGCAUGUACCUCAAUAAACGUAUUCAAAAAAAUUGUCUUUGUGUUCAGUAUAAAUGAGCUGAGCAUUAUGCAGUAGCUUUUAAGCUUGAUUUAACACACAUCUAAUAUGUAGAUGAGUUUAUAUUUAGAAUAUGUACGUAUGUACUUGUACAUUAAAUGUUGGGUAGAAAGCAAAUACCAUUGCUUUUUGCGGUGCCAAUUUUAAUUUGAAACGAACAUUUUCAAAAGGAACUCGUUUGUGCGCCUCGUAUCAUUACACCCUGUAUGGCAGCGAUGCGCACGAGUCGCCCUGUGCCAUGAGACUCGCCGGUUUAAUUAAACCGCUGCUGUUGCGCGUAAAUAAAAGCAGACGCUUACCAGGACGACAUUAUGCAACGAGCGCCGAAUCUGAAGAAUACGUAUUUGACACCAAAGAGUAUAUUGAUUUUAAGAAACAAUUGCGACAGCAAAAUGUUAACAAUAAGGAUGGACACACGUGCUUGCAACUGGAAUGCCGGCUAUGCGAGCGAAUGCCGGCGACGGCAACAACGCGUGCACAGGGCCCGCUAGCUUACAUAAACAAGAAAACAGGCGCCUUUAUUUGUCCCAAUUGUGAUGUUAAACUUACCCUAGCGAAUGCCGCCAGGGCUUACCAGACACCGGCGCCGUCAGGCUAUCAGCGCGCGCCAAAAAAGACACCGGAAUAUGCAUCACUUUUCCCCAAUUUGGUGAAUGUUCCAACGGAGGCCUGCGAAGCGCUCGGUCUGCGGGGCUUGAAGGAGGCUCAGCUGAAUGCCAUUGGCGCAAUGUAUGAACCCGACCAGCAGCUGCUGCACUUUAAGCUGCGCAAUGCGGCCCACCUGGUGGUGGGCGAGAAGGUGCUGCGACUGAGCGACCGCAGCGAGCAGACAUUCCAGGGCAGCUCCAGUUCUGGUCUGCUAAUACACGGCACAGGGAACAAGAGCAAGGCGGUGCUGGUGAGCAAUCUGCUGGACUUUAUAGUGCUGGCCACGCAGAACAUUGAGACACAUUGCAUCGUCUGCCUGCCGUAUGCUUUGCAUCUGCUGCCGCAAGAAUGCCUGCCUGGCUUAGAGCGCUUCAAGGAGUUGGUCUUCUGGCUACACUAUGAUGCCACGCACAGUUGGGAUGCGGCACGCGCGUUUGCACAGAAAAUGGACGAGAGACGCUGCCUGUUGAUACGGCCCACCGAAACGGAGCCAGCGCCGCAUUUGGCUCUAAAGCGACGGCUCAAUGUGCGCCACAUAUUGGCCAAGGCUACGCCUGUGCGGCACAAAUCGAUUACCACAUUCAAUGCCCUGCGCAACGACAUUUUGAGUGAGCUGCAGAACAUCGAGAAGGUGAACGGUGUCAAAUGGAAACGGUUUCCGGUGCUCAACAAGCUGCUUAGGGGCCAUCGCAAGGGCGAGCUUACCAUAUUGACGGGGCCUACGGGCAGCGGGAAAACGACCUUUACCAGCGAGUACUCGCUGGAUCUGGCCAUGCAGGGUGUCAGCACACUUUGGGGCUCCUUUGAAAUACGCAACACGCGGCUGGCUGCGACACUGUUGCGCCAAUUUGUUGGCUAUCCGCUGGAUGAUAAGCUGCAAGAGUUUGAGCACUGGGCCACAGAGUUUGAUCGCCUCCCGAUGUACUUUAUGACCUUUCAAGGCCAGCAGCCGCUCAAACCAGUGCUGGAGGCCAUCGAGCACGCCCAGUACGUGCACGACAUUUCCCAUGUGAUUAUAGACAAUUUACAGUUCAUGAUGGGCGUUUCAUCGUAUCGCGGCGACAAGUUUUGGGAACAGGACUCCAUUAUAGCAGCAUUUCGUGGCUUUGCCACCAAACACAAUGUGCACGUUACACUGGUCAUGCAUCCACGCAAGGAACGGCAGGAGGAUGAGCUGACAACGAGCUCGGUAUUUGGCACCGCAAAGGCCACACAGGAGGCAGACAAUGUGCUGAUCAUACAGGACAAGCGGCUGACCUCGGUGCGUGGCAAGAAGUAUCUCCAGGUAGCCAAGAAUCGUUACAGCGGCGAUCUGGGCAUCAUGCCGAUGGACUUUGAUAAGGAUGCCCUCAGCUACUCCAGCUCAGUGCAGAGCGCCAAACGACGACGGGAGCGUGAAAAGACAUCAUCAACUGAGAGUUGACCCCAGUUUCAAAUACGUUUAUAGUAUUUAAUUACAAUUAUUCUAUGCGUGCUAAGCUUAAA